AUGUGUACUACAUUUAACUUAGCCAGGUCUUUCUUCCUCUCUUCAAAAUGGGGUCAAAUAUUGGAUUUUCGUCUGUCCUUAGCCUCCUCUCUAUCUGUCUAUCUAUCUAUUUCUCUUGCUCUCUCUAAAAAAUACAAAUUAUUUUUAAUCUUUCUUUAUUUUCUCCUCUUUCUUCCCAAUAUCUAUCUCUCUUCACACAUCUUCACAUCACAUAUACACAUAUGCAAAUGUAAGUUUCUUUCUAUCAAUAUGUGUUCUGUUCUGUACACAUGUAAAUAUCUAUCUAUCUAUCUAUCUAUCUAUCUAUCUAUCUAUCUAUCUAUCUAUCUAUCUAUGCCAGUCUGUUCAUGUCUUUCUCUAUCCUUCUCUUCUAUCGAAGACUUUCGUAACACUAUCUAUCUAUCUAUCUAUCUAUCUAUCUAUCUAUCAACACAGUCUGUUCAAAAAUCUAUACAUCUGUUUCUGUCUGUCUAUCUAUCGUCUCUAUAUUAUCUCUAUCUAUUCUUAUCUCUAUCUAUCUUAUCUAUCUAUCUUCUUCUUAUCAUAUCUAUCUAUUCUUAUCUAUCUAUUCUUAUCUAUCUAUCAAUCUUAUUCUUAUCAUCUCUAUCUAAUCAAUCAAUCUAUCUAUCGUCUGUUCCUAGUCUGUUCAUCUCUAUCUCUCUCUCUCUAUCUCUCUCUCUCUCUCUCUCUCUCCUUUAG